GACCAUGAUAUACGCUAGAAAAUAGCUUUUUUCAGGGAGUUCAGAGAAAGGAGAGAUAUUAUCUCUAACAUGAUGAUCUCAUUUGACAUAAACAGACGCUGCUUCCAGGAAAAAACACAUCCUUUGGCAAUAAGUCACCCUUCUCUGAUCCAUUAAGAAUGGUCAAAAAUUGACAUGUCUUACUUUGACCAGGCCGAUCCAGAAGUGAUCACCAACUCACUAUUUAUAAGUUGGAGGCCUACAGUUCAAAUUGCGAGGUGAGACUACAACCUUCUGGGAAGCCUUGUAGUUACUAGCUAGGAGAGAAAAAGAAAAGAGAAAAUCAAACCCACAACCCUUAAAACCAUGAAUGAAACUCUAUCUAGCUCUAGUGAAUGGAUGCAAUUCUAUCAACAAGCCAUUGACGGUUCUUUUGGAUUCUCCGAUGCUACCACAGUCACCACCGUCACAUCGGGAAAUAAGUUAAGGCCCAGCAGUUCAUUUGUAGCCGGUGACCACUUGACCCCUAAUAAGGGCCGUAUAUCAAAGCCUGUUCGGAGGCGAUCCAGAGCUUCUAAAAGGACACCCACCACCCUCCUCAAUGCCGACACUAAAAACUUCCGAUCCUUGGUGCAACAAUUUACAGGAUGUCGUCGUCGUAGCACUUCCAUUUCAUUUGGCAACCCAAGAGGUCCUGUCAAUAUAAAUUUCGCACUUGCAAAGGAGCAUGAUUAUCACAGUACUGAUCAUUCUUCCAUAUCGCAGCCUCUUAUUGAGAAUAAUUAUUCUCCGAAAUCUCAACAGCAACAAAACUACCGGUACCAGUUCCAGCAGCAACUGUCAAAUGAAGAACAAGAAUGCCAGUUUUCUCUUGACAGUAUUACGACUGAUCAUGAUGAUUUUCUUCUUACAUCAUCUUGUUUCCCUAGAUCAGGUUCUGAGAUUCCACAAGGGUUUGUCAUGGAUGAUAUGUAUUUCCUUGCAUGAAGUAGCUUAUAGCUUAGCAUUCUAAUUAAUUCCUUUUAUUGAAAAUAGGACUACUAUAUGUCAAAUUAUUAUGUUUACUGCUUCUAGUGAGGAAUUAAGGAAUAAAAGUAACUGAAUGGUGUUCAUCAUCAAGUGUUUUAUAAUUUUCAUAAUCGAACAAUGCAAAAGAGAUCUUUUCACCUGUCUCUUUC